AUGAUCGACGAAUGGCGAUCAUUGAAAGGCGGGACUAAUAGCGGAAGUUCACUCUGCUGGAAGCUAAUUUUCAAUAUCUGAAACCUGUCCCAAUACCUACGAAAAAAAUAUGAUUGGUCGACACAAUAUGUAGCUAACUAACAGUUGUAUGAAAUUCGCCCGUUAAUGUUUUCUUGUUACCGGGAAGUUAACCAAAGAAUCAUUACAAUUCGCAAACUUUUGGCUAAAAGCCUAGCUACACACUGGAGCACGUUGAAGCUCCUGAAAACAAAAACAACAUCGUGUUGUGCUUUCGGGCUGGACCAAAGUGCCUGGAUGAAGAGGCGCAACUGGAAAGCGGGCCAACGAGCCCAGAGAGGACAGCAAGGUUACACUCGGCACCAGGGACGUGGACGGUACCGAGGAAGAACGUGGAGACCGUCACGGAACGACAGGAAUGGGUAUGCUGAUGCAGGACCUUCAGGAUCUGACGACCAAGCCAGCUUGGACAGCAGUGGAGCGAUCGAACUGCCAGGUUUCUAUUUUGACGCAGAGAAGAACCGAUACUUCCGCUUGUUGCCCGGGCACAACAACUGCAAUCCCCUGACUCGAGAACAGCUGAGGGAUCAGGAAAGAGAGAAAGAAAGAGCCAGGAUGCUCGUGGAGGAUGCUAAUCCCACAAAAAAAGCACCGAGGGCAGGACUCAACAGUUCCUUGCUCCUACGGAAUCGACAUCUCGGGCUGCUACCACAGAUGUCCUUCUGCAGGCAGGUCCACGAGGGAAGGAUCAGCACCAUGAGACCCCAGAAGCUGGACCACCACACCACGGACGACUUCAGGACCAUUGUGGCCGACUCUAAGUGCGAACAAGUCUUCGCCAUCAGCGACGUGUCUCAGGGCGGGUGCAAGUACGGCUGCUUAACCUUCAGCAGAACCAACGGCAGUGGGCCUCUCUCCGUGGAAACGUGCGACAACCAUUAUGUCACCAACUGCAAGGUGAAUUCCCUUUGCUGGGCCUCAGUCAGCUAUCCAGACUCUCACAUUUUACUGUGCCUGUUGGGGGUUGCGGACAAGCCCGGCUACGUCACUUUGCUCCCCGCGUCGCUCUUCAGGAACUCCGACUCAAACGAGCCGGCGGUGCGUUGCAUUUUCAAGAUCUCCAUGGCCUGGUGCUGUGCAUGGUGUCAGCACCCGCAGUUUGACAAGCUGUUUAGUGCGGGUUUGUCUCACAAGGUGAUCCUGCAGCAAGCUGUCACGGGCAAAAGACAAACGCUCGACGUCGGCAGCGACGUUCUGGCUCAGCAGUUUUGCGUUGGAGUCCCCUUGCUGUUCAGUGGCUGCCGGUCGGGUGAGAUUUUCAGCCUCGACGUCCGAGACCUGAGCGGCCGCAAGGCGGCGACCUUCCGGCAGGAAUCGGCCAUCACGUCGCUGCGUGUCCUGCGGGAUGAGAACUACCUGGCGGCGGCGGACAUGUCGGGCCAGAUCAAGCUUUGGGACAUACGAGCCAGGAAACCAGUACAGGAGUACCGGGGCCACUACAACGAGCACGCCCACCUCCCCAUCCACGUCAGCGAGCCUGAGGGGCUUCUUUUGGCUGUUGGUCAGGAUUGCUACACGAGGUGCUGGAGCCUGCGGGACGGCCAUCUCCUCAGGACCAUCCCCUCUCCUCACCCGGCCGCCAACGACGCCAUCCCCAGCGUGGUCUUCUCUUCCAGCUUCGGGGGCCGGGCGGGGGACCCCGGCCUGCUGAUGGCUGUCAAGAAAGACCUGUACUACUUCCCCUACAGCACGGCCGGGAGCGAGCCGCAGGAAGUCUGACUGAACGGGACGCUUAUUUAGGUACACCAGCACAGUGAAAUUUGCCUUGAGAAGAAAAUUACAAUAACUGGUACAUUCUAAAAUAUAUUUAUUGUGCUUGCUGUGGUGUUGAACGGCAUUGCAUGAUACUCGAGAGCUAUUUCAGGUAUUUUCAAGAGGUCCUAGAGCAGGAGUGACCAACCAGUCAGAGGUCUCGAACCACAUUUUUUAAUGCAAAGAGUCACAUCAUACACAUGAAUAUCAUUCCGCCCUCACACGCAUACCUUUUACUCAACCAGGUUUAUCGUACAUGUCACAGAGUACCAAGACCACAGGCCAGUAUGUAAGAAAAAAUAAAAACGUGUGCUCUCUCACACAAACUACCAGUUCAA